UUCAACCACGUAUUUUUUACUUAUUACUGAUACAGUGUGUGUGCUCGUUUGUGUUUUUUUGGGGUAGUCCGCUGCGAUCUUCACACCUAUUUUGCAAGAAGACUUUGGACAACAUCAAGCUAAUUUGUCAGUUUGCUGUACACCAUGACGAGUUACUCUGUUGGUUUUAUAUUGACCAUCGUCACGAUGUUCACAAGAGCUGUUUCUCAAGAUUUGGUGUCAUGCACUUGUGCCACAUCUAACAAACUGGUGGCGUUCUCGGCGGGGAGAUCCCAUGAUCUAGAUCUGAGCGGAAAGGGGGAAGCUGUGGUCGUGUACGACACCGUCUUCAUGAACGACGGCAACGGUUACAACAAAGACACCGGCAAAUUCACCUCUCCGAGUUCUGGGGUCUACGUCUUCCAUUACCACAGCCUCAGCAUCAACAGCAAGGCCGUGUUUGUCCGAUUGUACCUUAAUGGCCAGAUAAAGAACACGGGAUACGGUGGAACGUCUAAAGGGCAUUCUACCGGUAGUAAUACUAUCGCUUUGCGGCUCUUCAAGGGGGACGAGGUGUGGAUCGGUUUGGUUGGAGGUCACGCCCUUCAUAACCACCCCGGGGAGUUUCACAGCACUUUCACAGGUUACCUACUUUAUCCCAGCAGAUGCAGCCAGUGAGAGCCUGGCAUAUGAGAGGAGGCGUGGAUCUUCCUUCACAGUGUUCUUUCACUGCAAUAUGUUACGUUAUAUACACGAUUCUGCGCUAAAAUUCUGUUGCGUUUUAAAAUCUUGUUCUGUUUUAUUUUGUUAAUUUUUAUCAUCGGGCAAAACUGUUCAGUUUCUAGUUUAAAAAACUUUUAAUUAGUUAAAUAACGUCAGGUUAAACUAGACUACGUGUCCAUUUGCCUGAAAAUUAUGGAAUAUGAAAAUAUAUUUUUCUGGAUAAUAAAACCCGAUAUAUUUAUUCAGUAUA